CCCCAAUAUCCCUUUGGAAUUAUUCGUUGGGUACCUGGUGACCAUUCCAUGAUCUGGAGGAGCAAACUACUUGUUGUAGCAGACUGAUUAUCUCAAUCCAAAUCAUCUUUAAGAGCUUGGAAUCUAGGACAAGGUCAACAUGGAUAUCGUUGCGAAUCCAGCAGUGCAGCUGCAGGACAUGCCAGCCGGGGCCAGUGCGGAAACUGCUAAUGUCGAAUGCGAGGGUGCCAGUUUGCGAAAGACGAUAUCCAGGAUGACAGGACGAUCGAGAAGAUCCGGGAAAGAUAUGUUUGAAAUGCAAAAUGAGACGGGCGUACAGGCGCAAAGGCAAGCAGCUGCAGAUUUGAACCCGGACGAACAGCCGACUACAGACCGCGUCGAUGAAGAGGUAGCAGAUACGGUCGAUCCUGAAGACCAUUUUCCUGAAGGCGGAUUACGAGCUUGGUCAGUCGUUGUCGCAGCAUUCUUUCUUCUUUUCCCAUCCUUCGGCCUGAUGGUCUCCAUUGGCACACUGCAGGAUUACUGGCAACAACACCAACUCUCGGAAUACACUGCACGAGAUCUGGGCUGGAUACCAUCCGUAUUUGUCUAUCUCUCCCUCGCACUGGGAAUAUGGAUAGGACCCCUUUUCGACCGCUACGGCCCUCGAUGGUUGGCACUCUUUGGGAGUAUUGGCUACCUCGCCAUGACCUUCCUCCUCGCCGAAUGCUCCAAAUACUGGCACUUCAUGCUCUGCGUCGGUCUCCUCGGCGGCGUAGCUGGCGCUGCUCUCACUACGACCUCCCUGGCCGCCGUUGCCCACUGGUUCAAAGCGCGGCGAGGUCUGACUCAAGGCAUUGCCAUGAUGGGCAGUUCCUGCGGCGGCCUCACUAUCCCGUUGAUCCUCCGCUUCACGCUCCCACACUAUGGCUACACCUGGUCGAUACGAAUCCUGGGCUUCAUUUUCGUCGUCUGCUUCGCUAUCGGUAAUGUCCUCAUCAAGCCUAGGAUACCACCUUCCACAGUCACUAAAAAGAAAUCCAUCAUCUCGCUUUCCAUAUUUGGCGACCUCCGCUUUAGUCUCUUCACCAUCUCAGUCUUCGGCUUCGAAGUCGUGCUAUUCGGUGCCUUGGGCAUUCUUCCCACUUACGCCACCCUUUCCGCCUCCUUUCCCCCAUCAACAGGCUUCUACCUCAUCUCAGUCCUCAAUGGCGUGUCCUGCCUCGGUCGCAUCCUCCCGGGCUACGCUGCCGACAAACUAGGCCGCUUCAACACCCUCCUCAUCAUGUCCAUCGUCACCCUCAUCUUCAUGCUUGUCCUAUGGCUGCCGUUCGGGACAACCUCUCUUCCAUCUCUCUACGCAUUUGCGUCCCUCUUCGGCUUCGGAACCGGCUCGUGGAUGGCGCUGACGCCCGUCUGUGUCGGCCAGCUCUGCCGCGCCGAGGAGUUUGGGAGGUACUACGGCAGCAUGUAUUUCAUUGCCAGCCUUGCCACGCUCGUGUGCAUACCGAUUUCCGGGGAACUGGUUGAGGUCGUAGGGCCUCAGGCUAUGGUUGGGUUCUUUUGCGUCGUGCUGGGGUUGAGUCUGGUCGCGUUCGUGUUUAGUAGAUGGGCUUGUCUGGGACGGAGGUGGACUGUCAGGGCAAAGGUCUGAUGAUCUGCCCCUUAAUGAUGUUCAUGUUUCACGCAAUUGUUACAUCCAUAUCCCUUUCUUUUUACCAGGUUCGCCCUCCUUCUCAUGGUGGGAUUGACCUGGUGUGUUGGUUGUUCCCAAUGUUCUGGCGUUGAGGGUGAUAUGCAUUAGCGAGAAUCAAAAGGCGUUCAUCAGCGGAUUUCCCCACCCCAUACAAGCAAAGCGUUCAAUUAGUAUAUAUGUUCGAGCAUUCUUUGCCAUGUUCUAUUCGUUUUCGAGACGACUGUGUUUUAUUCAACAGCUACACCAGCCUUUCUUGAAUUGAAUAAUCCGUG